AUGAGUUCAUAAGGAUCUAGCGUUCUUGAAGUAUUUUAAUUGAAUAAAAAUUCAAAAGAAGAUGAUUUAGAAUAAUGCAUAGCUUGGCUUAGAGAUGUAUUUCACGAUAAUUUACCGAAAACAAUAUCAGUAGUUGUGAAAAGGUUAGGUGGAUACGAUCCUUUGAAUACUACAAACUUAUCAAAAACAACUUUUAAAGGUUUAAAUACUACAGUAAAUGCAUCUUUGAUGAACAACACUUUGGUUGGAAAUUAAUCUUUUAAUGCAAGAAAGAGUGCUAAUGAGAGUAUAGCUAAGCAUAAUAACGAAAGUUAGAAAGAUGCUCAUUCAGAUUAUUUUGAUAAGCCAUAAUAAGAAAAAAAAGAAUCUCAAAUAGCAUAAAAUAAUUCAAAAUCUGUGUCAGAUACUGGUAACAUUUAGGAAAAAGCACCAUAAAUUUCAUCUAAUUUGCAAUCACCAACUAAAUAGCUUUAGAAUAAUUAAUCAAAUACAAGCCUUACUAGCAACAGUUCAUAUAUUUCUAAAAACUAUGAUGAAAAUGACCCUAUAAGUGUGGCUGAUAAAGCUAAGCAUUGCUAUUUGAAUUAAAAUUAUAAUGAAGCAUUAGAGCUUUAUCAAAAAUCAUAAAACUUGGCACUACAUGAUGAAGAAAAUAAUAUUAAACUAAUUUUCUCAAACAAAGUUUAUAUUGGUAGUAUUUAUACGAAUGUAAAGCAACGUUAGAAAGCUAUAGAAGAAUUAAAGUCAGCCUAUGAGAUGACAAAAAGGUUAAAUAUUAAAGAAAUUAUAGAAACGAAUGAAUGGAAUUCUAAAGACGGAACUCAAAAAUUCAUUAACUCGAACCCUGUUUAUUUUAUUAAUCUCACUUUAGGUAAUCUCUACAAUGAAGAAAAAGAUUUUUAGAAUGCUAUAUUUUACUUUGAGGAGGCAUACAAAGAGAUAUAACACUCUCAAAACGUACUUGAUUAUAAAAACCAAUCAUAAAUUCUUGACUCUUUAGGACUUAUUUAUUAUUUUUCAAAUAAUAUUCCUACUGCAAUUGAAAAAUUCAAGCAUUCUUUAUAAAUUUUUGAAGAGCUGCUAAAAGUACCUGAAUAUGGAAACGAUCCUUCUCUAAAAACAUCUUAUGCCAAUCGCAUUAAUAACUUAGGAGAAGCUUAUAGAAGAAAUAAGCAGAUCGAUGAGGCAAUCGUCCACUUUAAAAACUCGUUAAAACUAAAGUUAGAAGCUUAAAAAGAGAACAAUGACUAUUCAGUUCAAAUCCAAAAAUAAAUUGCUAAUACAUAUAAUAACUUGGGCAUGAGCUAUUACACCUUAAAAUAAUAUGAUGAGGCAAUAGAAUACUUAAACCAUGCCAUAGAGAUUUAUGAAAAUAAGAUAGGAAGAGUUGAAGCAAUAGAUUAGCUUUCUUGUGCUAACAUUUUAAAUUAAAGAGGAGAUUGUUAUAGAUUUAAGCUUGAUGUAAUUAAAUCUUGCGAAGAUUACAAAAAAUCGUUCAAAUUAAAAGUCGACUGUCUUGGUGAAGAGCACAAAAGCACGAUACUCACACACAACAAUUAUGCUUAAUCAGUUUUUGGAACAAAAAAUUUUUAAAAGUCAAAAUAGUUAUUCUUAGAUCUGUUAAAGAUAUAGAAAAAAGUAUUAGGAGAAAAAGAUCCUUCAGUAGCAUAAACUCUCAAUAAUUUAGGCACUGUAACUUCUGAACUCCGUGAAUAUGAGCUUGCUGAAAUGUAUAUAAAAGAAGCCUUAGAAAUAUUCUAAAAUUAACCAGAAACUACUUCUACAAAUCUAGAGAGAGUUAAAAAAAAUUUAUAAGCAGUACAACACAAGAUAUAGAGAAAUAGUUAAGAAAAAUUAACUCUAAAGAACUAAUAAUGA